CGGCAACGCGUCGACGUCGUAACGCCGCGUGAACCGGCAGCAGCAGCAGCAGUAGCAAGAAAGAAAGAAACACAAAGUAAACACACCCUGCUUUUGGACUUAUAGCUCCGCUAGAAGCUCGCAGCCAGUUGUUUGUUUCCUCCAAGUGGCAUCAUCAUCUGGUGCGUAGCUUUAAUCGCGCGAAGUUUGGCGGGAUUAGCGACCGACGCCUUUUUUGUUUACGACCAGUGUUUUGUUUCGUGUGUGGCAGACCAUGCAGUCAAUUUAAUCGAAACCCUAACUCUCCUUGUUUGUAUAAAUUUUGUUCCAGAAAGGAUAACUUAAGGAGUUUUCGAUCCUGAGAGGAUGCUGAGAGGAUAAUGGAGAGAGCGGAUCGUAAAAGGCAUAACUUCUAAACAUCCCUUCAAGUAGUGUUCCCGGUGCCGAAUCAGUGUUAAAAAACAAUUGAAAAUUUUGCAUUUUGUUAACGAGAAUGGAAAGCAACUCGGUAUCACCAAUGCCCGAACAAAAUGCUCAAGCCCCCAUUGCGGAAUUCGAUAAAACUCCUCCAACUCCCCCAGAGGAUACGUUACCUCUGGAAGAUUUACCGCCACCUCCCACCACAGUGACUGUGCAGGAGGAAAAGGAAAAAGAGGCACAGGCUGAGGCUCACAGACACUACGAAGACGAUAACGAAUGGAGCUGUGGGAGCUGGCUAGAAUACACCCUUGUCGUAGUACUGGCCAGUAUUCUGCUUUUGGGCUCACUAGGACUCACCCUCUUCUGGGUAAUAGAGUACAGAGGUGGUUUUGCAUGGAGAGAAGACCCCAAACGACAGUUCAACCUUCAUCCUGUAUUGAUGGUGGCUGGAUUUAUCACUUUUAGUGGAUUUUCUGUCCUGCUCUACAGGAUAUGUCGAUGCUGCAGACGUAUCUACGUAAAACUUCUUCAUACAGUGUUCCAUGCACUGGCCAUACCAUGUGUGGCUCUUGGAUUUUUGGCCGUUUUAGAUUCCCAUAAUUUAGCUCAACCGCCAAUCCCCAACUUUUACUCGUUGCACAGUUGGAUUGGAUUGACUGCAAUGGGGCUUUUCGCCAUACAGUUUGUCGUCGGAUUCUUCAGUUUUCUCGUCCUUCUCUGCUGCGAGGGCGCUACUGCUGGUUUCAGAGCAUCUUUAGUGCCAAUCCAUGCCUCCUUCGGACUUACUACUUUUGUGCUAGCUAUAGCAGCUGCAGUUUCGGGUUUAACUGAAAAGGCUCUGUUCACUCUUGGGUCCCACUAUCAGCACUUUAACGAAGAAGGUCUGGUCAUAAACACCAUCGGUGUCAGUCUGAUAGCCUUAGCCAUUGUCGUAGGAUACAUUCUCCAGAGAGACGAUUUUAGAUAUAGGGCACAUAUUUUGAUCCGAUCGGGAGACCUUUAAGUACUUUUCUAUAGGUAGAUUUCUAUAGCAGUUUCAUAUUAUUCAAUGUUCAAAAAGAAAAUUUUACCUUAAUUUUAAUUUUUGAAUUGGUAGACUUACGACCUAGGUACAUAAGGUUAUAUUUAGAAAUUAGGUGCCCAAAGGCAGGAAAAUUGUUAUAUUUUUUUUAUAACAGAACGAUUUAUAAAACUAAAAUUAGAUUUUUUUCUCUUAAAUACCUAUUGGCACAGACAAGUAUGAAUCAAGUCUAUUAAAUAUGUGAUCGUUAUCGUUAAUUACCUAUAAAAUAGUACAAUAUCCCGUUUAGAGUUUGAGGCAUUAUUAUUGUUCAAUAAGCUUCAGCUUUGUAAUAUUUUUCCAAAACAGGUAAUACUUGAAAGCUAAAACCGCAUUUUUUUUUUUAAAUAAUAAAUCAGAGACAGAAAUUGCCUCAAAUUUCACUUUUGAAUCUCCCUUACUAUAUAGAUUUUUAUACAGAAACUUUUAGAUUUAGGAUAAUUUUUAGCAUAUUCUAUAGAAGGAUUAACUUAGCGUUUAAACCAUAAAUUUCAUGUAUUUUUUUUACAUAUAGAAUCUAGUUCAUAAGUCGUUUUUGUAUGAAGCUGUAAAUUUGUUUUUUCAUUUAAAAGUUGCAUGUAUGAAAAGAAAAUGUAAUAUAAUCCAAGCAAAAUAUCUAGAUGCAAAUAUUUAUUUAAUUUAUCAUCAUUUAAAAACUGUAAAAAAUAUCUACUCUGUUAGAAAGAUGAUGGCAUAGUUUUUACAAGACCACAAACUCUAUUAUCACGUUUAUUACCAAUUAAACAUAUUUUCAUAACAAAAAACUCUGUUUUUAACAAUAAAAUUUAUUAAAG